AUGCAAACAAUAGUAGUAAGCAACAAAACGAGUCACAAUGAGAAAACAAGCUCGUCAUGGAGACAAAAUUCUAAUCGAAAAUCGGCUAGAAAUCGGCAUGUCAGAAGCUGCACAUUCAGGAUUCCUUGGCAAUCUGAAUUCUCUCCCAUUGAGGUUUUCAAAGAUCUUGCAGAAAGAGUGACGAACUCUUUAAGGUUGGUCUCUCAGAGGAAAUCUUUACACAGAGACUCAUCGUCCUUAGGAAGAUCAGCAUCAGCAGGGUCAUCUGCUGAUUCUCAUAGAACAGCUGCUGUUGAGGAUUGCAUUGAGUUCAUCCACUCAUCUUUUUCUAGAUCAAAUUCCUCAACAAAAACAUCGCGCGAAGACUCUAUAGAACCUUCUUGA